AGGGCUCUGCCCGCACAGCACUGCUCUCAGCUCCGCUUCGCGUAGUUGUCGUUACCUCUCCACUCAUGCGGACCCGGCCGAAGCUCAUGGACUAGCCGGAGGUCUGGUGGUGGAGCUGUAUCGGGCUUGUAGCGGACUGGCUGACCCAGUGGACAAUGGCUGCCAAGGAGGAUCUCUACAGUAAAAUCCUCCCUCGGAGGCUCCGGCAGAAUCGGUCGGGUUCAGUGAAAUGUGGCUCCAACCUGGACGUGCUGUUAUCCAUGGGCUUCCCCAGACCAAGGGCACUGAAAGCUCUGGUAUCAACAGGAGGUCGGAGUGUGCAAGCAGCAUGUGACUGGCUGUUCUCCCAUGUGGAUGACCCGUUCCUGGACGACCCUCUGCCCAGGGAAUUUGUCCUGUACCUGCGACCCAGCGGACCACUACAGAACCAGCUCUCACACUUCUGGCAACAGAGCCGGGUCACCUGUGGAAAAAACAAAGCCCACAACAUUUUCCCCCACAUCACCCUCUGCCAGUUCUUCGUGUGUGCAGACCACCAAGUAGAAGCUCUAUGUGAGGCCCUCCAGGCCUCCGUCCAGCAGUGGCGGGGUCGAUUUCCCAGCCCGUUGCCGCUAGAGCUUUACACUUCCUCCAACUUCAUUGGUCUUUUUGUGGAGGAGCAGGUGGCCGACAUCCUCAGGCAGUUUGCAACCGACUUUGCCACAGAGGCUGCCAGGACGGCAGAGGUCCAUGUGGAGCCUCAUAAGAAGCAGCUCCACGUAACUCUGGCCUACAACUUCCCUACCAAUCACCUCCCAUCACUGGAGAAACUGGCCAAGGGCAUCGAAGUCAAGUUAGGCUGUGAUUGGCUGGCAGUCCUGUUCUCCCGGGACAUUCGUUUUGCAAACCAUGAGACCUUGCGGGUGAUGUACCCCUACUUGCCUCAGAACGAGGAUGAGCUGGAGCUGGUUCCUGGCGAUUUUGUCUUCAUGUCUCCAGUGGAUCAGGGCAGUACCAGUGAGGGCUGGGUGUACGGGACCUCACUGGCCUCUGGGCUGUCUGGCCUGCUGCCUGAGAACUAUGUCAGCCUGGCCGAUGAGUCCGACACUUGGGUCUUCCAUGGCUCCCAUUCAUUCUUCAGCUGUGGGCCCAGUGACAAAACCAGCAAGGAGAGAGGGAUGUUUGAUGCGCUGCUGGACAGCCGACGCCCUGACAACACCAGUCCUGGAGACACACCCUCCCUCAGUCUCAUUUGUCAUCCAAUGCAGCAGGUCCUGCGGAUUAGUGGUAGUCACUCUAGGCAGCCCAAGCGGACACUUUUUGUCUGUCGGCACGGUGAGAGGAUGGAUGUAGUCUUUGGCAAACACUGGCUCUCCCUCUGCUCCGACACUAAAGGUAGAUAUGUACGUUCCAAUCUGAACAUGCCUCCCAGUUUGCCGCUGUGGGGAGGACAGAGAGAUUACGACAUGGACGCUCCCAUCACUGUGUUUGGAUCCACACAGGCUCGAAUAGUGGGUGAGGCCCUAUUAGAGAGUAACACAGUGAUAGACUUUGUGUACUGCUCUCCCUCUCUGCGAUGUGUUCAGACUGCACAGAACAUCCUGAAAGGUCUGCAGCAGGACGGUAAGCUGAAGGUGCGAGUGGAACCGGGGCUUUUUGAAUGGACCAAGUGGGUUUCUGGGAACUCCCUGCCUGCAUGGAUACCUCCCACUGACCUGGCUGCAGCCCACUUCAGUGUGGACACAACAUACAGACCUCUGAUGCCAGUCAGCAAGCUCACUGUGUCUGAAUCCUAUGAGAACUACAUGAGCCGGAGCUACCAAGUGACCAAAGAUAUCCUGUCAGACUGCAAAAACACUGGAAACAACGUGCUGAUUGUUGCCCACGCUUCUUCCUUAGAGGCUUGCACACGCCAGCUGCAGGGCCGCGGCCCACAGAGCGCCAAGGACUUCAUCCAAGUAGUCCGAAAGAUCCCCUACCUGGGCUUCUGCUCGUGUGAGGAGCAGGGAGACACGGGGGUUUGGCAGUUAGUGGACCCUCCCAUCCUCCCCCUCACACAUGGACCAAACCACUCCUUUGACUGGCGGGAGACACUUCUGCAAGAAUGACAUCUGAUCUGAUCUCUGUUCAACCUGUUCAUACUGUGCUCCCUCCCACUGACUGCUGUAAUAUGUUUCAGACCAGUGCCCCCAAAAUACUGGAACCUUUCUCUUUUCAGCCUCUUUACACAGCUGGUGGCUUAGCAGUGACGGCCUGAAGAAGCUUCCUGCCUGAACACGAGGAGCCCAGUCCCAGCCGGUGAAUGGUUGGUGAACUGACUGACUCUGAGGCUGGUUUCAACAAUAAUUGUCCAAUCUCAAAUUGUCUUUGCAUUGUUUUGUUGAUUGAGGGAGACGUUAGUUUGGGCACUGUGGGUGUUAGCUGCACUGUGUGGGAGAGCUCUCACUGACUGAAAUCCAGCUGGACUAUGUGUAGUAAUUGUCAUCUCAGUCUCAGAAAAUGUUGUGAAAUUAGCACAUUUUAUAACAUAUAACAGUGUGCUUUUUGUGUGACUAGUAGGAAAAAUAAUUUCUUACCAACAGGAAUGUUGAACAUUAAGAAACAGAACUAUUGGUAGAAGAGUGACACUGAAGUAAUGCCAUAAAAAGCAAAAGCGCAGAAGUCGAGAUUUUAGCUAUCUGUAUUUUCAGCUAGGAUGACUCAGGUUUUAUAUUUAACUCGUCAGUUAAGUUAAUUUUCAAUGAAAAAUGUCAGCUAACGUCUGCCAAAAAGUUUUAGUUCCCUAAAUAUGAACUUUAUAACGCUAAACUCUAAUUGGUUUACUUGCCUAAAUGUAGCUAGCUAAUGUUAAACAUAAGCUGUGUACGACCACACUCAGCAGGUCAUUGUUUUAAUAUGUUAACAUUAGCUGCUUUCCGACCAAGUAGCAAUUGUCAAUUCGGCAUAAAAUUUUCGCAAGACUGCCUAUAUUCAAAAUCUAAACAGUUAAUUUCUCGCCUAAAACGUUGUCAGAAGUGAAUUUAGGGAUGAAUAAGAUGGCGAAAACUGUUAAAAUUGUCCCGUUGUUGGUCUGUCUGUACCGGAAACCCAACCCUCUUUGACCUAGGUCCCUAUGCUGAAAAGGGAACAGCGAAAAUACCCUGUCCUGAAGUAGGAGCUGAAAGAGUUACAGGAACUGCAGCCAGAGGAACUUAAUAAUCCCCAAAUUGGUCCAGUCGGAACACGAGAAAAAAAGAGUUCUAGGAAUUUUAUGUUCUAGGAGCUGCAAAAAUCCCUCUGGUCGGAAAGUGGCUAUAGCAACAUACGCAUACACAUUUUAACAUGCUAAAGUUAGAAUAAAAUGUUUACAUUGCUAAAACGAGCAUUACCGGUUCAAAGUAAACAUUUUAACACAAGUGUUUGUAUUAGGUUUAGCAUGAGUUAUUAGCAUGAACCAUGCAAACAUGAACGUGCUUACAUGCAAACAUUAGUAUGACUCAGCUGUACUCUAAGCUUAGUUCCAAUAUAUAUUGCAUGCUAAAUCUUAGCAUUCAACGUCUAAGCCUGAUAACAUGCUGUGUUAGCAUGUCCUUUUUACAAAGGAUACUGUCAACCAUUUUUGAUUUGGGUAAGAUCAUGGCAGUUUUUAUUAGCCCCAGUUAUAUGAAGAAUCGAUUAGAGUACUGUAGGGUUGACACAUUUUUGUAAGCCAACUGGCAAGUAGGCCUAAGCAUCACCCUGGUUUGCAUGACUGCAACGUCACCACCGCAAGCUUCAAACUGAUUUUGCGUGUUCGGUGUGAUGACGUUGACCAACCUCUGUAGUCUUAUUUAGCCAAUUGUUAGCAACCGCUUUUGAGUGUGGUAUUUACCAACGUGUUUUAUGUCGUAGGACAAUUCUCAUAACCACAGACCUUAUUUCAGGCAUCUAACCAAAAAAAAACAUUCUAAAAACCUAUUGACUUUGAGACAAGGGAACGGAAGUGCAACAAUGCUAACUCAUUUCCAGGUUUUAGGACUCAUUUCUGCAUCACAAUAACAAAGUUGUCUCAGCAUUUGUGUUUUCUGGUGUGUAAUGCACGUUACAGCCUUAAGGGGUUGCUAGAGUGGCCAUAGACUUUUAGUUGCGUUAAAAACUGGCAGUUGCAGGCUGACUUUUAGGCCAAUCAUAACUAAUAGUUUGCAUAAUAUGUGUCCACUAUAUCUGAUUUGCAUUUGAGUUUGUGCUUAGUUCACAAAAUUGAAUGAGACUGUUGAGAAUUUGUAAAGAGAGUUUUAUUUCAUAACAGCACUGCUCUCCUACACAGACCCCAGCAACAUUUCACCAUAUAUUUGCCCUGCUUGUCCUACUUCAGUGGCUGAGGGAAAACAUAUCAGUGCUGGCUUCAAGGCUUCAUCAGGGACUUUUCCUGAUGCUACCUACAUGUUGUCUCUAUGUUGGUAGCACAUCCAGUACAGCAGUGUCUUCUGCUAUUCAUUUAGUGUAUGUAAAAAAAAACUAUAACAGCACAACCUGCACUAUUGACAAUCAUACAGUAGCUUCUUGAUUCUGGUCAAGCACAUUUUUAGUGUGCGUUUGUUAAAUGUUGUUCAAGGUUUCAGAGUAGCUGUAUAUAAUCAUAUUUUGAAAAAUAGUCUUCCAGUUGCAUUUUUUAAUUUAUUUAUAAACCCUUCUUUCAGAUGUUACAAGCAAAAAUAUUAACAGCAUGCAAGAAUAUAUGCUCGGUAUCUCAGGUGUUGACUGCAUUUAAGACAUACAGUACGUAUAUGCAGCUUUGAAAACUGUUCCGUUGAGUGAAUGACUGUGUCGUUGUGAGAGCCUGUUGGAAUUAAAGUGAUGUCUCCUGAUGUACUGCCUGCCCACUCGUAGCUGCAGAUGAAGAAGAAGAAAAAAAAGCUGUAAGCCACGUCAGUUGUAAACAGUUCGCUCAGGCUGAUACUUGAUGCACAUCGCUCACUUAUUUAGACAUCAUAAAAGAAGCAAAAAAUAUGAAAGAUAAAUUGUGAAAAACAA